AUGAUGGUCAGUAAUAAAUUAACACAAAAGUCAACACAAAAACAACGACAACAAGAUAAUAAUGAUGAUGAUGGUUACACAAGUCAAACUCAAUGUCGUAGUCAAAUAAUGGCUACUGAUGAAGAUACUGAAACACGUUUACAAGUUCGUUUAGAUUAUCGAAAAUUUAUUGAUGAACUUAAUACGAAUCGACAAUUAUAUACAUCACCAGAUAAUGAUGCAUUGGAGAAAAAAAUUGAUCAAGUUGAUGAAGCAUUUGCUAAAGUUAAAAUGCCUCGCGAAGGUGUACUCGAUGCUUCAACAUUACGGACUAUUUCAAAUUUAGCUAGUAUUCGUAUUCGUGCUGUUGACGAAGCCGGAAGUUUAGAUCGUGCUUAUGAUUUCGCACGAAGAUGUGAGAAAAUUCUAUCGAAAUUAGUUGGUAGUGCAAAUGAAUUUUAUGAAAUAUUUGGAAAUUUUCAUCAUAUCGUUCCAUCAAGUUCUAUGAUGAAUGGUCGAUUGCCUACAAAAUUAUUUACCAAUGAACAUCUAGAAAAACAAAAACAGCGUGCAAAACCUGUUCGACAGCAAAAACUAACACAGGAAGAAUUAGAAAAGUCACGUACACGACCUGAAGAAGUAAAAGAAUUCAAUUCUGAACUCGGUGAACAAACUAUAAAACAAAUUAUGCAUAUCAAACGUUGUCUUGUUGAACGUUAUAAAGCGACAGAUUCAAGUCCAGCAGAUUACUUCGAAUUUGUUAUUAAUCCAAAAUCAUUUGCAAAAACUGUUGAAAAUAUGUUUCAUGUUUCUUUUCUUAUCAAAGAAGGAUUUGUCAAUCUUUUUCAAGAUGAAGUCAAUCUACCAGCACUUGAACCAACUGAUAAGGCGUUGAAUCGUACACCAAUGAGUGCAAGUCAAACUGAAAAUCCGCCAGAACGUGCAAAUCAAAUGAUUAUGUCAAUCACAAUGGACGAAUGGGAGCAAUUGAUCGAAGUAUAUGGUAUCACUGAAGCACAAAUUCCCCAUAAAAAUAAUUGA